GCGCACACUCUCUCUCUCUCUCUCUCUCUCUCUCUCUUUAUUUCCCUCUCGUCGGUGGCCUUUAAAAACCAGACACCGCUCUUUGCAAUGGAACACACAAACUCCACACUUCUCCAAAACCACUCUCUCUCUCUCUCUAGUCCAUUCUCUUUCUCUCUCCCGCUAGCGUGGUAAUGGCGACGGAUUCGAAUGGUUCUUCCCAUCAUAGAGUGCACAGACUGAGAUGCUCGGUCCAGAACUACGACUGGGGUCGAAUCGGAUCCCAAUCCCGUGUGGCGAGGAUGUUCUCGUCGAAUUCGGGGCUCCAGAUUGACGAGUCCGACCCGUACGCCGAGUUCUGGAUGGGCACUCACGAGUCCGGACCCUCGUAUGUGGUCGAAAGUACAAAUACUAAAAGUAAUAACAAUGGAGUGUCGGUUGUUGGGUCCGCCAAUGGGGGUAGUGGUGUGAGUUUGAAGUCUUGGAUUGACGAAAACCCUAAUGUGCUUGGCUAUGAAGUUGUGGAGAAGUGGGGUGUUACUCUUCCUUUCCUGUUCAAGGUACUUUCAGUUGCGAAGCCGUUGUCGAUACAGGCACAUCCGAAUAAGGAAUUGGCUGGUGUUAUGCACAAGGCACGGCCUGAUGUAUUUAAGGAUGGUAAUCAUAAGCCUGAAAUGGCUUUGGCUCUAACAGAGUUUGAGGCCCUCUGUGGAUUUAUCAGUCUCGAGGAGUUUAAGGAUGUUCUUCAAAAUGUUCCCGAGAUUGCUGAAGUGGUUGGUAAUGAUUAUGCAAACCAAGUCUUAGACUUCAGUUGCCGAGCUGGAGAAGAAAAAUUAAAAGCAGUUCUGCGGUCUAUAUUCACCCGACUCAUGUCUGCUAGCAAUGAAGUGAUUUCCAAAGCAUUAUCCAAAUUGAAAAUUCGCCUCAGCAUGAUAAGGCAGUUGACAGAUAAGGAACAGCUGGUUCUGCAGCUAGAAAAGCAGUAUCCAGCCGAUGUGGGUGUCCUAGCAGCCUUCCUCUUUAACUAUGUUAAACUUAAUCCAGGUGAAGCGUUGUGUAUAGGCGCAAAUGAACUUCAUGCCUACUUGCGUGGAGAGUGUAUUGAAUGCAUGGCAACUUCAGACAAUGUUGUGCGUGCUGGCCUAACUCCAAAGAACCGGGAUGUCCAGAUUCUUUGUUCCAUGCUCACAUACAAACAGGGCUUUCCCAAAAUUGUGCAAGGAGUCCCCUUAAAUCCGUAUACAAAAAGGUACCGCCCUCCUUUCGAUGAAUUUGAAGUUGAUUGUUGCAUUCUUCCCCAUGGGGCAUCGGCUGUUUUUCCUGCAGUCCCUGGCCCCUCUGUUUUCGUGGUCAUAGAGGGAGAGGGAACGAUGUGUGCAGCACCCUUUGAAGAUGUAGUUGUGGAGGGUGAUGUUCUAUUCGUGUCUGCAAAUACUCGUAUAUAUUUGAGAACAGCAUCUGAAUCCGGAUUACAUAUGUACAGAGCCGGUGUGAAUGGCAAGUUCUUUGAGGCCUCUUCUUAGUUGGAACGCACCAGAAUCUCUCACAUGGAUCACCGUGUGGUUUUAUAAUGAACGCUUUUGGUAUUACCUCUAUAGCCUGUUAUACUGUACGUUUAUGUAAUUCUACUUGCUCGCAUGUAGAUGCCUGAAUAAGCAUGCAAAGUAGAAGCUUUAGAAAUAGCGAAAUUGCAGUUGGUAAAGAGACGUGUAGGCAAGUUUGCUAAGAUUGGACAUUUUAGUUUUGUUACGUAGUUCAUUUUACGAUUGUAUUUACAAGAUGCAAAUUGUCAUUUGUUUUAGAAAUAAAUGUUGUAGUCUACCUGAAAUUUUUAAAUCAAGUUAAAGCUCUUGCA